GCUUUCCAUCGUCCCCACUGAUUCCAAAAUCAAGCCAUCCAUCUGUUAAAUCAACGCGCCUCUGCAGAUUCUCUCUUAAAGAAGAAACCCAUAUAUUAAACCAGAUUCUGUAUUGAUCAUUGAAACCUGCGAUUGAGAGAACCCGGGUUUCAAGUUUGUAUCUUUACAAUGUGGGUGUCGAAGCUGAGAAUGGAGCUUCUCGUGUGUUUGAUUUUGUGGGUUUGGCUUGGAGGAAUGGCUAUGGCGGCGAGUGAUGAGGGAAGUGAGGGUACAAGAAAAUUGGAUCAGACACCAACGUGGGCCGUUGCUGCAGUCUGUACUGUGUUCAUCUUAAUUUCCAUAACCCUCGAGAUGAGUCUUCACAAAGUGGGAACGUGGCUAGGAGAAAGACAUAAGAAGGCUCUGAUUGAAGCUCUUGAAAAGGUUAAAGCUGAGCUGAUGAUUUUGGGGUUCAUAUCAUUAUUGCUGACAUUUGGGCAGACCUACAUACUAAGGAUAUGCAUACCUGAAAAGGCAGCAGACACAAUGUUGCCAUGUCCUUUUGACGGAACCAGUGACUCUUCAAGCAGUGAAGAGGCUCACAGAAGGAAACUUCUGUCUUAUCAACGUAGAUUUUUAGCAGCUGAUUCUUCCCAUUAUUGCAACAAGGGAUAUGAACCACUUGUAACUACAAAUGCAUUGCACCAAUUGCACAUCCUCAUAUUCUUCUUAGCAGUCUUCCAUGUCUUGUACAGUGCUGUCACCAUGCUGCUGGGCAGACUAAAGAUUCGAGGUUGGAAGGCAUGGGAGGCGGAGACUUCAUCUCAUAACUACGAGUUUUCCCAUGAUCCUUCAAGAUUCAGGCUUACUCAUGAAACAUCAUUUGUGAAAGGUCAUGCCAGUUUCUGGACAGGGAAUAAGCUAUUUUUCUACAUCGGAUGCUUCCUCAGGCAAUUUUAUAGGUCUGUUGGUGAGGCUGAUUACUUGGCUUUGCGCAAUGGAUUUAUCACUGUCCAUCUUGCUCCUGGCAGUCAAUUCAACUUCCAAAAGUAUAUAAAAAGAUCCUUAGAAGAUGACUUCAAGGUAGUUGUGGGAGUAAGUCCUGUCCUGUGGGCAUCAUUUGUGGUUUUCUUGUUGCUAAAUGUUGACGGAUGGCACACAAUGGUUUGGGCAUCCAUACUUCCUUUGGCUAUAAUAAUGGCGGUUGGAACAAAACUUCAAGCAAUUCUGGCAAAAAUGGCUCUAGAAAUCACAGAAAAACAUGCGGUUGUACAAGGAAUUCCUCUUGUUCAAGGCUCAGACAAAUACUUCUGGUUUGGUCGCCCUCAGUUAGUUCUUCAUCUUAUCCAUUUCGCUCUCUUCCAGAAUGCUUUUCAAAUAACUUAUUUCUUGUGGAUAUGGUAUUCUUUUGGGCUAAAAAAUUGUUUCCAUAUGGACUACAAGCUUGCCAUUGUGAAAGUCGCAUUAGGGACUGCAGUUCUCUGUCUCUGCAGCUACAUUACACUUCCAUUAUACGCUCUUGUAACCCAGAUGGGAUCAACGAUGAAGACGUCCAUAUUUGAUGAGCAAACAUCAAAGGCGUUAAAGAACUGGCGAAUGGCUGUGAAAAAGAAGCAGGCAGGAAACAAGUCUCCUAGUAACAACCAAUCCAAUGCUUCAUCAGGAUCACUGCCCUCUUCUGCAACCAAACUACGUCGUUUCAAAACAACUGGCCACUCCCCCUAUGAGAGCCAACAACAAGAAGAUAACUCAGAUAUUGAAUCAGACCCUCUCUCUACUUCGCCUAUAUCAUUCAAAACCAGUUUUAGUGUGAGAGUGGAGCAUGAAGAUGACCAACAUAUGCCAGAAACUGCAGAAUCCAAACAUCAAUCGCAUGGCUAGUAUUAUCAGUCAUAUAUCAUUCAGUAAUCUAGGAAAGUUUUCCACUUGUAUGCAUAUCCUUGGAAUUUUUUAUUUUUUUCCAUUUUUGGUUAUAGACAGACACGCAUCUCAGAAAUUAAAUAUUAAAAUCAGUGUCAGCUUAUUUUAGUUUUAAAUACUUGGCUCAUCCUAUUUACAAGACAUUUUUAACUCAU